CACAUGCCCGCAAAAACAAAUCACAUGGGGUGAGAAUUCACUAGAACGACCAGAAACAAAAUGACAAAUAAGUCUCAGACACAACUCGAGGGUUACUAAACCCUGUAAGUUAGGUUUGUUCAAGGCUCCUCCCCGUUGAAAGCAGCACACUCAAAAAUAUACAAAUACUACAUAAACAAAAGAUCUCUUCUAAACCUCCCUGAGAUCUCCGCUACAAAACCCUCGAAUCACUAACACAGUGACACCGAAGAUGGAAAGAAAAGUGUUCAUCUGUGCUGUGUUUGUCUGCUUGCUGAUACUAGGGCAUGAGACAUCAUCCGGUGACCAAGGCACAACCAGUUCUGAGGAUUUCAAUGAUUUCACACUUCUGUCAUACACUCCCUCAAAGAGAGGUUCUGUUACUGGAAAUAAUUCUGAGGAGAUGACUAACCAAACUCUAAAUGCAAAUACAACCCAAGAAAGAAUUUUGGAAACGACCGUUGCACCGGACCACGCAGAGAACGAUGGAAAACAAAAUGACACAUAAGUCUAGACACAGCUCAAGGGUUACUAAACCCUGAAGACAAGUUAUGAUUAAAGAACAAUUGUAAAGACAAGAGAAUUGGAAAACCACCUGUUUAACAGUUGAGAAAUAACACGCUUCAGUGAUUGUUGAACAAAUUGCCUUUGUAUUGUACAAUAUGCAGCGUUCACAUGUAAAAGAUGUGUCUGUGUGAAUGUACAGGAAAAAAGAAACCCAACUCAUGAUCAUAAUGACUGUGCUCUAUCCUUAUCAAAAGUGUCAUUUUUAUAAUUUGGGAAUAAUGUUGAACUAUUACACUGUCCACUGAGGAAGUUGUUCCUGGGUUAAAACUUUGAAAUAACAUCUCUAUCUGUAAUCAUCUGAAACUUUGUUAGUCUGCAUGUCAUUUGUUCCUAUAUGUAUAGUAACAAACCUACAAAACUACUAAUGUAAAAUGGAAAGAGAAUCUGAUUUAUAAUUUCUCGGGUAGAGGUUUAAACCCUAAGGCUAGAAGUUGUAGAUUAAAACCUGUUGAUAAUUUAGACCUGUUACUUCUUACAUUCAUGUGUUUGUAUUUUCUAUCAAAUCAUUUCAAAUAUUGUCCAAAAUGAUAUUCUAUAUGUUACUCAAAAAAGGAUUUGCACCUGUAUGGUCUGUAUGGUCGUGGUUAAGACGGGAUAACCAGAUCAAUCUAGCAGAUAUAUUUCAGGGAUUAUUUUAACAUGCCCUUAAUCCAAUUUGACCCGAGACAGAGGAGACUAACAAUUACCUGAUUAAUCCUUGCUUACAUUUUUUUAUAUUUUUAUUGCACAUGUUUAGAUUAAAACCUUAGAUUCUUUUUACUGGACUUCAUUUUGUGUAAGCGUGUGACAAAUAAGCAGUGUCAGCCUGCACAUGUUGGUCGACCGUUAUAAGAAACGCAGGAAACACUGGAACACUGCUUGACCCUCGGGGCCUGUCCUGUCAUUCAGGCACACACACACAAACAGAAAGGAGAGAGAAAGAAAGACAGAGUGAUGGAGGAACGGUGGUCCUGGAGGAGCUAGUGACGUACUCGGGCCCCAGCAUCUCCGCAACUCUCAGCAGCCUGUAAUGAGCUUAACCACACGGCUUCAGUGCAAAGGGGUCAAUCGCUCGGAUUACCACACUCCACUUUCACAUCACAAUGAUUCGCACCUCUCUGUUUUUAUGCUCUCUCUCUUUUUUUUGGAAACCAUUGUAACCUUGACUUUUUGUAAUCUUUAUUUUCCUUUUUAAGAUUUUUAUUUCUGUGAAUGAAAAUUGAUACAUUAAGCUUUCAAAGGUUCAGAGAGGACCGGGAGAUCAAAUAUGGACCGUAGUAUGCUCCAGCUGAGACAAAAGGUGUUUGAAGGGUUGAAGGGUCUAAUCUAAAGUUUGGGGUGGAUGGUAGCUUUUGGAGCAGGGAUUCUCCCUUGUUAUCUUUAAAAAACACAACCCAAUGCCACUGUGCAACAACAAGGUCGCUGACGAUGGAUCUUCAGCACAGCCACUGCAUGAAGGAAAAGCAAUGGUGGACUCCCUCAUCAAGGUGGUGGCAUGUUACCGACACUUGGCCUCCUGUGUUGGUGGAUGCACGGACAACUCCAGCCUACGACGUGAUCUUCGGCAAACACGAGAGCGAGCCCAGAUGCUAGCUCUGUCCUGCAGAAACCACCUGACGGCUCGACUGAGGGAUAAAACAUUACCGGAGACGGAGAGGAAGGAAACAGAGCUGCUGUGGGUGGCGUUCUCUUCUUCUUUGGAGCUCUUACACGCAGACAUGUGCAAGGUUUUCACCAUGGUCAAGCACUUCUCCCUUGCCAAAAACAGUGCCAUGGUGCAAACAGGCAUACAGGGGGGGACGACAGAGGUGGCGGCACGGGCCUUGAGCCUGCCUGACCUGCAGGAGGCCGGGGACGGGUCCCAGACAUCCAGCAUGGAGGGUCAGGAGCAGAGUCAGCUGGAGCAGGAGAUCGCGCAGGUGGACCGUACGCUGGAGGACAUGGAGCUGAAGGUCAAUGUGCUGCGCUGGACAGUGGAGGCGCUGGGUCCUCAGCACGCUGACCCCGUCAGCACCGACAGCGCUUCACUAGCACUGCUGUCCAUCGACGAAGAGGCAGCUCAAGGCUUCUGCAGUCGCAGCCAGAUGUUUGCAGUUAUGACGCUGUGCGGUGUGGCGAUCUUUGCUGUGGUGCUAUCAGUGUGUGUGGUGUUCCUGGUCUAAAGACUUGUGAUCAGCUUGGUUAUGCAGGAUUUCUUUCCUUUCCAGAGGUCACUUCAAUUGUGUUCAGCCAAACAUCAACAGUAUGUAUACUUAUUAACUAUGUAACAGUUCAUAACUGUUGAUUUCAAGCCUGUAAGUCCCUUUACACAUCAAAAAACUGCCAUUAACUUUGGGUGUGUGAUCUUUUAUUGCAAAAGAGAAUGAAUGAAACUUCACUCUAAUGCAGAAGUGAAAUGUGAAAUUUGUGCAAGUAGUAAAAUCUGAUUUACUGUCUGAUUUGUGAUGUUUUCUAAUGAUGUACUUUCAGGAAUUUAUAAGCUGGUUUAGCAUGCUGUACCUUUAGAUCUCAUCAUUUGUUUUAGUUAUGACUAUAGCAAAUACAUUAUCGGCACUCAGACAAGAUUUUCUCCUGACUAUUACAUAGGAAGUUAGAUGUAUUAGAUUCUGAAAACACCACCAACAGAAAUACAUAGGGCUUUAAUGUUAUCCACAUGUUUUUAUGUAAUGUGACUUCUAAUUAUUUAGUUUACAUCAAAUGUUUAGAAACCUGGUACAAUAGUCAGAAACGAGAACCGUUUGUUGUUAGUUAUAGUUAACUCCAUUACUGCUCAGUCACUAAUAAUAAAACAGUAAAGGUUAAUUAAUAAUAAAAUAUAGAAAAUGUUUACAGAAAAUGAAUAUUGUUAUUACCUCAAUUUAAAGGUUGCUUUUUCAAAGAGAUUUGAAAAAGAUUAUUCCAGUGGUGUUAUUUUGAGAUCAGUUGAUAAUCAUUUUGUUUUCCGUCAUGCACUGUAAUUUCUUUACUUACCAAUAACUAAUGAAUAUUAUAUUUUGUAAAAGAAACAAAAUAAAUGCAUUUUUAAA